AUGAAGAUGCUAAGUGGAACAGACCUAAGGGACUUGAGCACCCAACUGGGACCAAGACCGACGGCUCCACCCGUCAUCAAGAGCCGCUCCGGCACCGGAGGCGAGGAUGCUAAGAAACCAGAGAAUGGCAAUGGACGUGAGAAUGGAGUUGUUGCCAAACCCAGCCUGGAAGGAGCUAACGGUGGCGGCGGCGGCGGUCAUAAUGGAAAGCAUUCUGGAGGUGGCAAUGGUAGUAAUGGAAAGCAUUCUGAAGGUGGCACUGGUGGGAAGCCAGAUGGUGGAGUUGCUGGUGAUGAAGGAGGAAACGGUGCUGUUGCAACGGAGGGGGCUGGAGAAGGUGGAAUUCUUGAGAAGCUUCUGGAAAAGCUUCAUGAUAUAUUUGGUUAA